AUGUCCAACCUGAGCCCCGACAAUUUGAAGGCAGAACAGUCCUCUGCUGCCCCUCCGUCGCUGAUCAUCGUGGACGGACUGGAGGGCUACCUGCACGGGCCUGGGGUGAGUGGUGGCCUUCAGCAGGCGGAACAGUCCUCUGCUGCCCCUCCGUCGCUGAUCAUCGUGGACGGACUGGAGGGCUACCUGUGUGGGCCUGGGGUGAGUGGUGGCCUUCAGCAGGCGGAACAGUCCUCUGCUGCCCCUCCGUCGCUGAUCAUCGUGGACGGACUGGAGGGCUACCUGCGUGGGCCUGGGGUGAGUGGUGGCCUUCAGCAGGCGGAACAGUCCUCUGCUGCACACAUCUCUGCUCUGCUGUAUGACACGGCUGCAUUUCUCACACAGACCUUGGAAGAGAGAGCCGCUAGUCUGGCCCCCUGUCGGGUCAUAGCCUCGUUCCAGUCCGAGUGGGAAGGGCAUGCUGGUGGGGACUCCUCAGACCCUGUCCUCUCAGUGUUAGACCGCUACUUUCAGGUUAGGUGUACCUUGGACCAGGACUGGAACUCUGCCCCUGCUGUAGCAGGACCACAGGACACGUGGCAUGUUUACCUCUCUGGUGCUGGGAUCACAGAAGACCCUAUUGCUAAGGAUGAGGAGGACUCAAGUCUGGCAGGAGAAUGGCGACUGGUCAUUUGCCCCAAUCGCUCAAUGGAGUUUACAAUGGUUUGAAAUCUAUUAAAUUACUUCACAGUGGAUGAGGAAGAAAUAAAAGACAUGAAAAAAAAGUAUAUACUUCUAUCAAACAAUUGCAUUCCCAAAG